CAGAAAUUUACUAAAGGCGAAUUUUCAAAAUUAAUGCUGGAUAGAAGCAAUAUGCAUCUCGAUAUUUUGAAAUAUAUUCAAAAUUGUUCAACUACAUUAAAUAAAUGCCAAAAGUAGGAGACCCCGCGAAUAGUUGUGAAGACUAUGCUGAUAAAACUAGGAAUUUUACUUAGGAGCAAAGAUCAUCAAUCCUAAAAUAUUUAUGUGAAAAUGUUCAUCCAAUCACCUUGCAACACCUUGAUGUACAUGUACCAAGUCUAAUUCAUGUCACUAUUACAUGCACUUUGAUACACAGACCAUCCAACUUUGAUUCAGGCUUUUUACAUCAUAUGGCUGAUCUAGAUGCUGUUUUAAGAGCACAGUCUGUACUGUUUGUGAUUGAAGAAGAAGUGGAAACAAAGCCAGAAAAUCUGUUGAGUCAUACAGAUAUUCUGUUUAAUAUGUCCUGAAACACAAACUUCAGCGAAGACCUACUUUAGUAAAGAUGCAUGGCAGCUUGUUUUAAAUACUCUCAAAGUAUUAGAAGAUAUGUAUAUUAGUAACACUCAGAAGUAUUAUGAUAAGAUUUCUCCAUGCCAAACAAGAAAAGGCAAAGCUUUAAUAGGUCCAGUUGAAGGAAGAAUAUUUAAAAAGUUUUCAAAAAGGACAUCAGACCAGAUUAAAUCAAGUAAAAAAGAUAAGAAAUCCUUUGAUAGUGAUGACAGAUCUCCAUUUAAAGCAAGAAAAGAAAAAAGAAGUGUAUAUUCCUUUACAAGUGAGGAAUUUUCUCCAUUAAAAGCUAGGAAAGCUAGGAAAUCCUUUACAAGUGAGGACAGUUCUCCAUUGAAAGCUAGGAAAGCUAGGAAAUCCUUUACAAGUGAGGACAAUUCUCCAUUAAAAGCUAGGAAAUCCUUUACAAGUGAGGAUAGUUCUCCAUUAAAAGCUAGGAAAUCCCUUACAAGUGAAGAUAGUUCUCCAUUAAAAGCUAGGAAAUCCUUUACAACUGAGGACAGUUCUCCAUUAAUUGCUAGGACAUCCUUUACAAGCAAGGACAGUUCUCCAUUAAAAGCAAUAAAAGGUAGUAGAGAUAAGAAAUCCUUUGAUAGUGAUGACAGAUCUCCAUUAAAAGCUAGGAAAUCCUUAAAUAGCAAAGACAGUUCUCCAUAUAAAGCAAGAAAUGGAAAAAGAAGUGUGGAUAAUUCUUCAUUAAAAGCUAGGAAAUCCUUUACAAAUGAAGAUAGUUUUCCAUUAAAAGCUAGGAAAUCCCUUACAAGUGAAGAUAGUUCUCCAUUAAAAGCUAGGAAAUCCCUUACAAGUGAAGAUAGUUCUCCAUUAAAAGCUAGGAAAUCCCUUACAAGUGAAGAUAGUUCUCCAUUAAAAGCAAUAAAAGAUUUAAAUAAUCCAAUAGAUGUUUGCCCAAAUUUAGAAAGGACCAGUGAAACUACUGGAGAAUAUGAAAGGAUUGGUAAAAAUACUAAAAAGGAUGCAAUUACAGGACUUAUUAAUCAUUCAUCGACAAAAGAUAAAAAAUCCGAAAUAGGCAGAAAAAGAUCAGGAAAUAAGAAAAUAUAUACAGCAGAAUCCAAGAAGUGUACAGUAAGACUGACUGAUAUUGGUACUAUUAAAAACUUGAAAACAUAUGUAAACAAGACAGAGAAAAAAAGAAAAAGAAGGAAGAUAUGUGUAAAGAACUUGUAAAAAAAAAAUGUUAAAUGUUAAAGGGGCACUAGCUGUCAAAUUCAUGUUCACCGAUUUUACUUAAUUUCUAGUAUUUGAUUUAUAAUAAUGAAUAAUGUUAACAUUUAUCCAACCUAUUAAAAGUCUACAAUAAAUAUUAAGAGGACACGGUAUAAAAUUACAUAGCUUCAUUUCGUGUGUUCUCAGUCUAGACCGCCAUCUAAUUAAUUAUUGAGUUGACCUCUAAAGUCAUUCAAUGAGCAUAUAAGCGAUGUAAACAUAAAUAUAGAUAUAAAUAGAUCAAGCAAAUUCAUGCUCUUGGAUUAUUCUAGGUCUAGUUAAUUUUAUAUUAUACUGUGGAUUUGUUUAUUUUCGUGGGUACCAAUUUUUCGUGGAUUGAGGAAAACUUACAUGUUCGUGGAUAUUUAAUUUCGUGGUUUUGGAGAAAUCUGCAUACAAGCCAAUAGAAAAUUUGGUAUUCGUUGAACAUUUAAUUUCGUGGUUCGUCUGUUCCCACGAAAUCCACGAAAAUUGAUAUCCAACGAAUAAUAAUGAAUCCACAGUAGAUGAAAAAUUAAUGUUUAUCAUCGGUUUUUUUUCUGUGGAUCAAAUCAGUCAAUUAAUUGAUUUACCUUUGUUUCACUUUCAAUGUUGAUAUUCUUUUCCUUUAAAUAAUUUUACACAUUCAAUUCAUGUGUUAUCCAUUUCAAG